AUGCCACAGCUGAGCCUGUCCUCACUGGGCCUUGGGCCAGUGGCAGCAUCCCCGUGGCUGCUCCUGCUGCUGGUCGGGGCCUCCUGGCUCCUGGCCCACGUCCUGGCCUGGACCUACACCUUCUGUGACAACUGCCGCCGCCUCCGGUGUUUCCCGCAGCCCCCGAAACGGAAUUGGUUCUUGGGUCACCUGGGCCUGGUUACCCCCACGGAGCAGGGCAUGAGGGUCCUGACUCAGCUGGUGGCCACCUACCCCCAGGGCUUUAAGGUCUGGAUGGGCCCCAUCUUCCCCGUCAUCCGUUUUUGCCACCCCAACAUCAUCUGGUCUGUCAUCAACACCUCAGCUGCCGUUGUACCAAAGGACAAGGUCUUCUACAGCUUCCUGAAGCCCUGGCUGGGGGAUGGGCUCCUGCUGAGUGCUGGUGACAAGUGGAGCCGCCAUCGUCGGAUGCUGACACCUGCCUUCCAUUUCAACAUCCUGAAGCCCUAUAUGAAGAUUUUCAAUGAGAGUGUGAACAUCAUGCAUGCCAAGUGGCAGCUCCUGGCCUCAGAGGGUAGUGCCCGUCUGGACAUGUUUGAGCACAUCAGCCUCAUGACCUUGGACAGUCUGCAGAAAUGUGUCUUCAGCUUUGACAGCCAUUGCCAGGAGAAGCCCAGUGAAUAUAUUGCCGCCAUCUUGGAGCUCAGUGCCCUUGUGGCAAAAAGACACCAGCAGAUUCUCCUGUACAUAGACUUCCUGUAUUAUCUCACCCAUGAUGGGCAGCGUUUCCGCAGGGCCUGCCGCCUGGUGCACGACUUCACAGAUGCCGUCAUCCAGGAGCGGCGCCGCACCCUCCCUAGCCAGGGUGUUGAUGACUUCCUUCAAGCCAAGGCCAAAUCCAAGACUUUGGACUUCAUUGAUGUGCUCUUGCUGAGCAAGGAUGAAGAUGGGAAGAAGUUAUCUGAUGAGGACAUAAGAGCAGAAGCUGACACCUUUAUGUUUGAGGGCCAUGACACCACGGCCAGUGGUCUCUCCUGGGUCCUGUACCACCUUGCAAAGCACCCGGAAUACCAGGAGCGCUGCCAGCAGGAGGUGCAAGAGCUUCUGAAGGACCGUGAGCCUAAAGAGAUUGAAUGGGACGACCUGGCCCAGCUGCCCUUCCUGACCAUGUGCAUUAAGGAGAGCCUGCGGUUGCAUCCUCCAGUUCCUGCCGUCUCUCGCUGCUGCACCCAAGACAUUGUGCUCCCAGAUGGCAGGGUCAUCCCCAAAGGCGUUAUCUGCCUCAUCAGUAUUUUUGGAACCCAUCACAACCCAGCUGUGUGGCCGGACCCUGAGGUCUACGACCCCUUUCGCUUUGACCCAAAGAACAUCAAGGAGAGGUCACCUCUGGCUUUUAUUCCCUUCUCAGCAGGGCCCAGGAAUUGCAUCGGGCAGGCAUUCGCGAUGGCCGAGAUGAAGGUGGUCCUGGCGCUCACGCUGCUGCGCUUCCGCGUCCUGCCUGACCACACCGAGCCCCGCAGGAAGCCGGAGCUGGUCCUGCGCGCAGAGGGCGGACUUUGGCUACGGGUGGAGCCCCUGAGCUGAGUUCUGCAGAGACCCACUCUGACCCCACUAAAAUGACCCCUGAUUCAUCAAAAGUGAUUACCCUAAGACCCUAUUCCACAGUCCUGUAUUCCAUCCUAGAUAUCUACUCAAAAUAAUUGAGACAAGUGUUCAAACAAAAAGACGCUUGUGCAUGAAUGUUCAUGGCAGCCCUAUUCACAGUAGCCAAACGACGAAAACAACCCCAAGGUAUAUCUUAACAGAUGAAAGAAUUAACAAAAUGUGGUCCAUCCAUACAAUGGAAUAUUACACAGCCAUAAAAAGGAAUGAAGCAGUCAUCCCUACUACACUUUGGAUGAACCUUGAAUACAUGAUACUGAAUGAAAGACGUCAGAUGCAAAAGGUCACAUAGUGUACGGUCCUUUUAUAUGAAAUUUCCAGAACAGGCCAAUCUGAAGAGAUGCAUAGUGGAUUGGUGGCUUUCAGCAGCUGUGGGGAGGUGGGACUGAGGAGCGACUGCUAAUCAGGAUGGGGUUUCCUCCUGGGGUGGUGAAAAUGUUCUGGAUCUAGAUAGUGACGAAGGUAGCACGACACUGUGAGUGCACUAAAUGCUGUUGAAUUGGACACUUUAGAAUGGGUGAGAUGGUGAUUUCUAUGUGAAUUCUACCUAAACAUGCUAUUACAGCUCAUAUAUAGUUUUUCCAUCUGGAUUCUUCACAAAGGAGUAUGCUGUGAGCAUCUUUCCAUGACAUUAAAUCAUCUUAGGAAGCAUUAUUUUGUGUUCUUCAAAAUGUGCAUGUUAAGUAUUCAAAUCAGUCUUAAAUUUUUAAAAAGAUGUAAUUUUAGAAAAUAAUUUAAAAGGGUUUUGUCUCAGUUUGUAAGAUUUCUCUUCACGCACUUUAAUGGCUUGAGGUAUCAUUAUCAGUUACAAAUCGAGUUAUUCUUCAUCAAAUGACUUUUGGAGUAGAGAUUUUAUUUUUAUAGUAAUAGAUGCACAGAUAUUCCUGUAAGAUACAGGUGUGGUUAGACACUUUUCUAGAACAGGUAUGCCCUGCAAACUCCACAGACACUGACUGUUUUGGUCUUAUUAACAAGUAGACCACUGAGAAGGGAGAAGGUGACAUUUUAGCUUUCCCAGGUAAAAGUGGUUUUCAUUCUCACACCAAUUUUAUGGACUGGACAUUAACUCUCUUGCUCAAGGUCACUCUGUGAGUGGCAGAGUGGGGAUAAAUCUGGUUCGUUUGGCAUCAGAGGUCAUGACUUUUCCUAACACAGAAGUGAUUUUCAAAGUAAGUCUCUGCCCUAUGCACAUCAGAUCACCUGGGGACCACUCCAGAGUGAGUAGACGAGACUUUGACAGGGGUGCCUAAUUUUUUUUUUUUUUUUUGAGACAGAGUCUUGCUCUGUUCCCCAGGCUGGAGUGCAGUGGCAUGAUCUCGGUUCAUUGCAACCUCUGCCUCCUGGGUUCAAGUGAUUGUCCUGCCUCAGCCUCCCAAGUAGCUGGGAUUACAGGCACCCACCACCACAUCCAGCUAAUUGUGUUUUUAAUAGAGGCGGGGUUUUGCCAUGUUGGACAGGCUGGUGUUGAACUCCUAACCUCAGGUGAUCCACCCGCCUCGGCCUCCCAAAGUGCUGGGAUUACAGGCCCGGCCCAGUUUGAUAGUUUGUUAUCAUGUUAUAUGUACACUUAGAAUAUGAUCCAGCCAUCUCAUUCUAACAGCAAUGAGAACUUAGGCUCCCCUCUCUACUAAAACACAAAAGUUAGCUGGUCAUGGUGGCGCGGGCCUGUAAUCCCAGCUACCCGGAAGGCUGAUGCAGGAGAAUCACUUGAAACCCAUAGGCGGAGGUUGCAGUGAGCUGAGGUGGUGCCACUGCACUCCAGCCUGGGGGAGGGGGACAUAGCGAGACUCGGUCUCAAACAAAACAAAACAAAACAAAACAAAACUACCAAACUGUUUCCAAAGCGUCUGCAUCGUGUUUAAUUUCCAUAAGUCAUGUAUGAGAAUUCUAGGUCCUCCAAAUGAUUGGCAGUCCUUGGUAGUGUCAGUUUUUGUGUCGGCCUUCCUUAUGGGUACGCUGUGGCCUAUCCCUGAGAUUUUAAUUCGCACUUCCCCGUGACUAAUGGCGUUGAACCACUCGUGCCUUCCUGUGCCUAUUUGACACUCCUAUAUUUUCUUUGGUGAAGUGUCUGUUCAAUCAUCUGCUCAUUAAAUUUUCCUUCGGUUGUUUGCCUUGUUAUUGUUGGAUUUUGGGAGCUCUACGUACAAGUCCUUUGUCAGUUGUGUGAUUUACAAGUCUUAUUCCUAGACUCUGAAGUUUCUUUCAUAGAGCAAAUGUUUUAAAUUUUUAUGAGGUAAGCCUUAUCAAUAUUUUUUUGUGAAUUAUGUUUACACUGCCAUAUAUAGGAAUUCUUUGCUUAACUGGAGGUCAAGGAGAUUUUCUCCUACAUUUUCUUUUGAAAGUUUUAUAGUUUCAGAGUUUACAUGUAAUUCCAUAAUCUCUAUUUAGUUAAAUUUUGUAUGGGGUGUGAACUGUGGUUUGACUGUUUUCUUGUAUAUGGAUAUCCAAUUGUUCCAUACAAUUUUUUUUGAAAGGAAUAUCCUUGGCAGGGUGCAGUAGCUCACACCUGUAAUCCCAGCACUUUAGGAGGUCAAGGUGGGCAGAUCAUGAGGUCAGGAGUUAGAGACCAGCCUGGCCAAUAUGGUGAAACCACGUCUUUACUAAAAAUACAAAAAUUAGCCAGGCAUGGUGGUGUGUGCCUGUAUUCACAGCUACUCAGAUGGCUGAGGCAGGAGAAUCGCUUGAACCCAGGAGGCAGAGGUUUCAGUGAGCCAAGAUUGUGCCACUGCACUCCAGCCUGGGUGAAAGAGCUAGACUCUGUCUCAAAAAAAAAAAAAGAAAGAAAGAAAAAAAGAAAGAAAAAAGAAAAAAGGAAUGAAAAGAAAAGAAAAUCCUUUUUGCUUUAACUUGCCUUGCAGGUUUGUAGAAAACUCAAUUGUUUAAAUGUGGGUGGACAUAUUUCUGGAUUUUCUAUUCUAUUUCAUGGUGGCCCAAUACUACACCGCCCUGGUCGCUGUUGCAUUAUGGUAUGCCUUUAAAGGAGUAAUGGGAAUCCUUCAACUACAUUUUUUUCCCCAAUAAUUUUUGGCUAUUCUUCUUCCUUUGUGUUUUUAUGUAAAUUUUAUAAUCAGUGUGUCUAUUUCUACAAAUAGUCCUGAUAGGAUUUGAACUGGGAUUUCUGUGAAUCUAUAGAUCAAUCUGAGGAGACUUAAUAAUGAUAUUGAUUCUUCCAAUUCAUGAAUAUAGUAUACCCCUGUAUUUAUUUGUUUCCUUGAAUUUCUUUUAUCAUUGUUUUAUAGUUUUCACCAUGAUAAUCCUGCACAUAUUUUGUUAAAUGUACAGCUGAGAAUUUAAUUCUUUCUGGUGUACAAUGCUAAU